CGAACCAUUGCCUAUGGUCUAUAGAACAUCUUCCAAUCUACACCUUUCAAUUUCAUUUAUCAAUUUUCCGGCGAUAACUAUUUGCUCCACCGCCACCGGAUUCUCCGUUUGGCUUUGGACCGAGUGCUGCAACUGGUGGCGGCAGCCAUGGCCAGAACAGUUUGCUCUCACAUUAUUCCGUCUCUUCUUCUCCCUUCAAAAUCCUCCUUCUUUGGAACUCACUCUCUCUUCUCCAGAGCUUCUCAUUUCGACCAUGUUAUGGUGGUUGGCCGACGCUUCUCUUCUGCAUCCAAGAUCAGCAUGAGCCUCAGAGCCGGCAUUGUUGGCCUUCCCAAUGUUGGAAAAUCCACUCUCUUCAAUGCCGUCGUUGAAAAUGGUAAGGCUCAAGCUGCCAACUUUCCUUUCUGUACAAUAGAGCCAAAUGUAGGUGUAGUUGCAGUUCCAGAUCCCCGUCUCCAUAAACUUUCUGAUCUCAGCAAGUCUCAACGAGCGGUCCCAGCAUCAAUAGAGUUUGUAGAUAUUGCUGGGUUAGUGAAAGGAGCCAGUCAAGGAGAGGGACUCGGAAAUAAAUUUUUAUCCCAUAUUCGUGAGGUGGACUCAAUACUUCAGGUUGUGCGCUGUUUUGAGGAUAAUGACAUCAUUCAUGUGAAUGGGAAAAUUGAUCCAAAAACUGAUAUUGAUAUGAUUAACUUAGAGCUUGUUUUUUCAGAUCUGGACCAGAUUGAGAAAAGAUUAGAGAAGCUCAAGAAAGGCAAGGCAAAGGAUUCUCAGUCUAAAGUCAAGGAAGAAGCAGAGAAGUCUGCAUUGGAAAAAAUUCAGAAGGUCCUUAUGGAUGGAAAACCAGCGCGAUCAGUAACUAUAACAGAUUUUGAAAAGGAUGCUAUAAAGCAUCUGUGCCUGCUCACAAUGAAACCGGUCAUAUAUGUGGCCAAUGUUGCAGAAUCUGAUCUAGCGGAGCCUGCAAGUAAUCCUCACGUUAAAGAAGUUAUGGGUCUUGCAUCAGAGUUGCAAUCAGGAAUAGUGACAGUUUCUGCACAGGUCGAGUCUGAGCUUUCUGAACUUCCAUCAGAAGAGAGGUUUGAAUAUUUAAAAUCUCUUGGUGUCAGUGAAAGUGGCCUGGGAAAUCUUAUAAGGGCAACCUAUAACCUUUUGGGACUCCGUACAUAUUUUACUUCAGGUGAAAAGGAAACAAAAGCCUGGACCAUACUUGCAGGAAUGACUGCACCACAAGCUGCUGGAGUCAUUCACUCAGACUUUGAGAGAGGGUUCAUCCGUGCGGAGACGGUGGCUUAUGAUGAUUUUGUUGCCGCGGGUUCAUUUGCAGCAGCAAGGGAGAAAGGACUUCUUUAGAGAACACUAGUCCCAGUAAAUCUGGAAGCUAGUAGUAUCUCAAAUGCUUGCUUACAGAGAAUACUCCCUUGAUUCUUGAAGAUGAAGCAUAAAGGUCAAACACUCUGGGAUAGAAUUUUUAGUGUUGAUUCUUCACAGUGCAACCAUCUAAUAGAAGAAUUUCUCCUUGGCACUAAGACCUUAAAAAAGUUUGGCAAAGAAAGUGGAUGAUAGGAAUGGUAUUAGAGGGAUAUUAGGGGUAUAUUAGUAAUCAGUUAAGUAGUUUAUUAGGGAAGUUUGGUUAUAAUACAGUGAGUAGGGAAGGAGUAAUGAGGGAAUAGUUUAGUAAGUGAAUUAGGGUUUGAGUGGUCUCAAGAUUGGGAGGGUCCAAGUACCUAGAAAACUUGGUUUAUCUUGUAAUUUUGUUAUCGUUUACAUUUCAAUAUAUUUGGGUUUUAUCAGCAGACUGGGACUGAUGGGCAGAGGAAGUAAGAUGAGUAAAGAACUAUUAAACCAAAAAAAAAAAAAAAUCCCAGAAAACUUGAGAAUUAGACUCUUUAUUCAUACAAUUUAGGAAUAGUUCAAAACCCUGGAUGAUGAAAUGAAGGAAAGGAGUAUUUGCCAA